GGGAAAGCUUGCUGUUUGUGCCCCCCACAUUGGAUAUUCGGGUGGGAAGUACAACAGAUCUCUGGGCUUCACUGCCCCAUCGGUUCUCUGGAAGCAGAGAUGCGCCCUUGGUGUAGUGGACGUGCCGGUUCAGUUUCCUUCUUAGCCAACAUUUGCUGAAGACCAACCUGCUUUUUCUGCAAUGGGGAAAAGAUAAUUAGCUUUGGCCUAAGCAAAUAUUCUGGGGCCCUGAUGGAGGUAGCAUCUAUCAAGGUAGAAUUCUAUCAAUUAAAACCCCAAAAAGUUGAUCCUCUUGUUUCGUCCUCUCUCGCAGACCCCGUGAUCAUGGCUGAGUCAGGAAGGCAGAAACGGAUCUUGGUGACCGGGGGCUCAGGACUGGUGGGGAUGGCCAUCCAGAAGGUGAUUGCAGACGGGGAACACCGGGCAGACGAGAAGUGGAUUUUCGCGUCCUCCAAAGAUGCUGACUUAACGAGUGCUGCAGAGACCACGGCCCUCUUUGAGAAACACAAGCCCACCCACGUCAUCCACCUGGCGGCCAUCGUCGGAGGCCUCUUCAAGAACCUCAGCCACAACCUGGAAUUCUGGCGGAAGAACAUCCACAUCAACGACAACGUCUUGCAAGCGGCGUACGAGUCGGGGGUCCAGAAAGUCGUUUCCUGCCUGUCCACCUGCAUAUUUCCUGACAAGACCAGCUACCCUAUCGACGAGACCAUGAUUCACAAUGGUCCUCCCCACAGCUCUAACUUCGGGUAUGCUUAUGCCAAAAGGAUGAUCGAUGUGCAGAACAGGGGAUACUUUGAACAACACGGCUGCCACUUCACCGCGGCCAUUCCCACGAACAUCUUUGGGCCUCACGACAACUUCAACAUCGAGAACGGGCACGUCCUGCCGGGCCUGAUCCACAAAGUGUACUUGGCUAAGAAAAACGGCACAAAUGUCACAGUCUGGGGGACAGGAAAGCCUCGGAGGCAGUUUAUUUACUCUCUGGACCUGGCUCGGCUGUUCAUCUGGGUCUUAAGGGAAUACAAUGAAAUAGACCCCAUCAUCUUGUCAGUGGGAGAAGAAGAAGAGGUGUCUAUACGGGAGGCAGCUGAAUGCAUUGCAAAGGCUAUGGAUUUCAAGGGAGAACUCCUAUUUGACGAAUCCAAGUCAGAUGGUCAGUUCAAGAAAACAGCCAGCAACGCCAAGCUGAAGAGAUACCUGCCCGAUUUCCAGUUCACACCGUUUGACCAAGCCGUGAAGGAAAUGUGCGACUGGUUCUGCGCCAACUACGACGUCGCCAGGAAAUGACCCAAGGGCACCGCUAUGGUUGGAGGCUGGCAGGCGUGGGUGCACCCUUGUCUCAAACUCAGGUAGCUUUCUGCUGGAGGAAAAAGGGAAAAUAAAAGAACCCCUUGGAGCGCCAA